AUGGUAAAGUUUGGUAUUCCAGAAACCAUUAGUACAGACCAAGGAUCUGUAUUUACUGGUCGAAAAAUGGUAAAGUUUGCCGAAGACACAGUGGAGAUCCUGCUCCAGUCAACUAGAAUCCAGAGACAAUGCGAAAUAGUACUUAACCAUUAUUGGAAUAUGGUUAUGGACGAAUUGGUUGAUUUGGACGAAGAAAGAUUGAUGGCAUUGGAAGUCCUUGCAAGACAAAAAGAAAGGGUAACAAAAGCAUAUAACAAAAAGGUGAAAUCGAAAUUAUUCGCCCAAGGAGACUUGGUGUGGAAAGUUAUUUUACCAAUGGACAAAAAGGAUCGAGCUUUAGGGAAAUGGUCACCCAGCUGGGAAGGACCAUGGCAGAUAUUAAGAGUUUUUUCGAAUAACGCAUAUGAAAUCGAAGAAUUCUAUGAAGAUCAAAGGAUCUUACGAAUAAACGGAAAGUACUUGAAAAAGUAUAAGCCAAUACUACAGGAAAUUAAGAUUAUGCAAGAGUGA